UGGCAAUGUGGAAGUUACUACUUUUAUUAGCCGUUUUGGCUAAUAUAUUUUCAUUAGUGUCCUCGGCAAAAGAAUCUGAGACAACGAUAAUCACCAGUAAUGUCGCUGCAGCAGCUGCAAGUGGAGUGGUAGUGGAAAAUGGAGAAAAUGGUUCGGUGGCAGCUGGAGCUGCAGCAGCCGCAGCAGCCAGCAGUACGACCAUAAUCAAAACUGAACAUCACGUCAGAAAGUGUGCAGUCAACGAAAGAUACUCGAAAUGUCCAGAAAAACUUUGCCAGCCACAAGUAUGUGAAGAGGUUGGAAUCCCACAGUGUUCGAUUCACGAUGAAAGGUACUUCGACAAGACGGGACCCUGCCCUGGACCUCCUGCAUGCAUCUGUGUAGAAGGAUUUGUAAGAAAUGAUGAGGGAGUCUGCAUGCCAGCUAAGGAAUGUCCGUCUUGUGGCAAUGACAAGAACGCCACAUCUGGCUGUGGCGUGAACUGCGGUCGGCGCUGUUCCAACUACAUGCUCUCUAAUGUAACAUGUGCCGAUAUAUGCUACUCCAACAAUUGUGAUUGCAAAGAAGAUUACGUGUUCGAUGACUACCUUGGAUUUUGUGUCCUGCCGCAGGAUUGCAGUAACAAGAACGCGCCUGAACCUGAAGGCACUGAUGGGACUCCAGGAAACGAAGAUGGAAAUGAAAGUACAGACCCUUGUGACGAUUGCAGUGAAAACAACUGUGAUAAUACAAAUGAAAACACCGACGAUAUAGAAGAAAUAGAUUGCAAUGGAAUGGAUGGAGAAACGACCACAAAAUCUGAAAUGAAUUCGUCAUCUACCACAGAAUCUAAUGAAGGGUCAGAUUCAACUACUGAGGCAUCAGGUAUGACAACUGAAGGAUCUGCAAUGAGAUCAACAACCCGCAGACCUAGAACUACGACCAAGCGCCGAUCACGCACUACAACCGAAUCUGAUGGAGGAUCCGAUAUGACAACUAAAGGAUCUGGAAUAAGUUCUACUACACGAAACAAUAAAAUAAGUAUACAGGUAGAACAAUUUACCACAGAAUCUGGUGCAGAGUCAAAUUCAACUACAGAAAGAUCAAUUAUGACAACUGAUAAUUCUGGAAAUGGACCAACAACAGGAGAAACUGAGUCAAAUAUGACAACAGAAGAUUCUGGAAAUGGACCAACAACAGGAGAAACUGAGACGGAUAUGACAACAGAAGAUUCUGGAAAUGGACCAACAACAGGACAAACUGAGACAGAUAUGACAACAGAACAAUCAGAGAACGGAUCAAAUACAGAAGAUUCUGAAAACGGAACAACAACAGAGGAUUUUGAAAACGGAACAACAACCGAAGAAAUGGAUACUGGUAUGACAACAGAAAAAUCAGAAGCGGGAUCUACAACAGAAGAAGCUGAGGGAGAUAUGACAACGAAAGAUUCUGAGAGUGAGUCAACAAUAGAAGAAAUGGAGACAAGCAUGACAACUGAAGACUCCGGAAAUGAAGGAACAACGGAACAGUCUCCUAGUAGUCAAAGAACAACUACUAAUGCGCCUAUAUCAACAACAAGGAGAACUCGUAAACCGAGAACGACUAUAAGAAGAACGCGAACUACGACAAAACGUAGGACAACCAGUUCGGCACCUGAGACAACUAUGAAAUCAACUACACGUCGACCUAGAAGAACUACAACAAAAUCAGCCAGUGAAACGACAACAGAAGCAUCAACUACAAAGGGACCAAAAGAUUGCAAAGGUCGCAACGAAUGGUACUUCGAUUGCGCACCGUCAUGCCCUCAAAGGACUUGUGAAGAUUACUUGAAUGGUGUUAGAUGUCAAGCAUCCGACAGGACUACGGGAUGCAAACCUGAAUGUCGCUGCAUGAUCGGUUAUUACAAGGAUGCAGAAGGAAACUGCGUGAGCACAUUGCAAUGUAGGCAAUCUUCUUCCAAUACGGGUAUGACGUCCACAACAACGACGUCCACGACAACGACUUCCACGACAGCAGAACCUACAUGCGAGGAAGAAGCCAUUCCAUUAUUCGCCGUAGGAAGCCUUCGGUACACCCUGAGAAUAUUAUAUGAAAUAUCUCUAUCAAAUCCUGGAAACAGUGUAAUGGUGGGAGGAGCAUCCGUCUUAUACUUGAUGGGUGAAUUAGCUUUGUAUGCUAAAGGAAGGGCAAAGACAGAACUCUUAAAUGUAUUCAACCUUCAAGAAACAGAACAGAUAUCAUGUGCAUUCCCAAGAAUAUCAGCUGCUCUUACCGCGCAGUAUCCUGACAUCGAAUUUAGCCUGUUCUGCAAAAUCUAUGCUGAUGACGAUUGUCCAAUGACAGACGAUUUUAUACAGAAUACAGAGAAAAUAUUCGCUAUGGCGCCACAAAACCUCAAUUUCUCAGCUUCAGAUGCUGCAAAGACAAUUAGUGAUGAAGUGGAAAACAUGACCAACGGAAACUUUGAAAAUUACUUGAAAACAAGAACGAUAUCGACAUUGGAUCAUCUGGUUAUGAUAGAUGCAGAAGGUUUCCAGGGAAAAUGGGAGAAACAAUUCAAUCCAGCAGAUACAACAUUGAAAGACUUCUUCUGGAGUGGAAGAAUUAGUAAGGUGCAAUCUAUGUAUCAAAAAGAUACGUUCCUGUAUGGAGAGAGCUCCGUACUUGGUGCUAAGAUACUGAAAAUGGAUUACGUAGGAGGAAUGUUUGGUCUUGUGAUAUUCCUACCAAACAGUUUAAUUGGUUUGAAUGACUUGCUAAGGAAACUUCAACAGAACACAAAUGUCGUGUAUUCAGCUGUUGGCAGCCUUACAAUGCAAAUGGUUGAAAUAGACUUACCUAAAUUCGAAAUAUCUGUAGCAAAUAGAUUGAAGAUACCUUCCGAAAAGGCGGGAGUAACAAGGAUAUUCAGUAAUACAUCCCUCGGACUGGAAAACGUUGCAUCUUGUGAAAUGCCAUACGUUAGCGAGAUCCUUCAGAAGAUUACCUUCCACGUUGAUGAAUAUGGUAUGGGAGAGACCAGAGAUGUUGAAUUUGCUCCAAUAGCAACAACGCAAGCGCCUCGAAGACAACAGACGUACAGAUUCAAAGCCGAUCAUCCAUUCGUUUACUCCUUAUUCCACAAAGAAGUUAUGCUGCAAGCAGGAAUCUUUGCGGGAAACUAAGGUCAUUGAGGUAAUCAGUUAUCUUGCAUUUGUAUGUGUUUAAUGUCUUAAUUUAAUCCAAAUAUUACUGUUUCGGAAUAUGGAGCUAAAACAAAAAUAUGUUUAGAGUACGUGUUAUCUAAUCUAGAUGUGUUGGACGGUUUUAUAGAGUUAAAAAAUGUCGGGUUUGGUUGAAUAUCUAUGGAAUAUUGCAUUGUUGCUAGAAAGUUUGCAUGGAUUAGUUUUUAGAAAGGAAAACAACAGAAUGUAAUGUACAUAAUAUGUGUAUAAGUAGAUAUAGAAUAUCAUAUAAGUAGACUUAGUGAUCAAGGGUCUCGUUAGAAAACGUAAGCGAAGUAAAGUAUGAUGUGUUUUAGUUAAUAUAUUCCGAAUUUAUAGAAAUAUUAUUAUUA